CUGAUCCAUGUUGGGAAAGCGGACGAGAAAAGUCAGCCAUUCGCUCCCAGCACUAGAUUCGUCUUUGGAAACGACGGCCUCUCAAGAUCUGCAGCGGAUCCUGUGGAAGCCUCGGCACUAUCAGAGGAUUUGAUAACAGGCCUUCUGUUGCAGCCCAGAGUGGUCUGUGACCUUUGACCCUACCCCCCAUCCUCUCCCCCAGCACCUGUAAACACAGGAGCCCACAGCGGGGAGUCCUGAAAGACAGCGGGCGGUCUCGCAGGAGGGACGCACAGAUACCUCAACCUGCACAUUCGGACCACCAUCACCCUGUCUACACCUCUUCACUGACUUAUACACACACACGUGCACACACACACACACACACAAAACACACUUGCACGUAGAGACCUGAGUUCAGAUCUCAGGAGAGGCUGAAGAGGCAUCGACACAAACAAAAGAGACAGGGUUGUGUCUUGGGUGCUGGCACAUUCGUCUCUUUUCUUUUCUCACACACGUCUGGGCAGAGAAGAGAGCAAGCAAAAGGAGGUGACUAUGUGGAAAAACUGUGUCAGUCAGCACUGUACGCUGCCAGGGACCAUACAGGCAUGGGGACUGUGCUAGACACCAUGUGGAUCCCGCUGCUGUGAGAACAAGCCAACUCUGCUCCACUUCUUCUCCAGGCCUCGCCCUCUUCUCCAACCGUCAACGCUCCUCCUCUCCCCCCCCCCCCCUCCUACUUCCUUUCCCGUUACUGCCACCUCAACUCCCCCACCCCUCCGCCUCUCUCUCUGCGCCUUUCCCUGCUCCGUCUCUUCUGCAGAAGUGAACCCUGUUCAUUUUCCCAUCAUGCUUAGCGGGUGGUGUGCCCCCUAUCCCCCUUCCUUCCCCUGCGUCCUCCUUCUGCUCCUCCCGGCGUUCUUUCUCCUCCCGGCGUCGGUGCGCGGCGACUGCUGGCUCAUCGAGGGCGAGAAGGGCUACGUGUGGCUGGCCAUCUGCAGCCAGAACCAGCCGCCGUAUGAGACCAUCCCGCAGCACAUCAACAACACGGUGCACGACCUGCGCCUCAACGAGAACAAGCUCAAGGCCGUCUUCUUCAGCUCGCUCAGCCGCUUCACCAACCUCACCGACCUCAACCUCACCAAGAACGAGAUCUCGUACGUGGAGGAUGGCGCCUUCGCCGCCCAGGCCAACCUGCAGGUGCUCCAGCUGGGCUACAACAAGCUGACCAACGUGACCGAGGGGAUGAUGCGCGGGCUCGGCCGCAUGCAGUGCCUCUUCCUGCAGCACAACCUCAUCGAGGUUGUGGCCACCAACGCCUUCUGGGAGUGCCCGAGCCUCAGCAGUAUCGACCUGUCCUCCAACAAGCUGGCGCGCCUGGACCCGUCCUCCUUCACUGUGCUCAACCGGCUGAUGGUGUGCGAGCUGGCCGGCAACCCCUUCCACUGCGGCUGCGAGCUCUACAGCUUCCUCACCUGGCUGGAGGGCUUCAACAACGUCACGCACACCUACGACCGGCUGCAGUGCGAGUCGCCGCGCGAGCUCUACAACUACCCGCUGCUCAGCCCCGUCCCGGGCCACGGGCGCAACGCCAGGAACAUCCUGUCGUCCAUCUGCCGCGACGGCGUCUUCAUCCCCGGCAUGACGUCCCUGCCCCCUGACCCGGACUCCUCCGGCAUGGGGCCGGACUUCAUGGACCGCGUCGGCCUGUACCCGCAGGCCACGACGUCGUCCUCCUCCGCGGACGCGCUCAGUCCGAGCCUCAAGCUGCGCCACGUGUCCUUCUCCACGGCGUCGCUCAUGGUCCAGAUCCCCAAGCCCUACAGCAAGAUGUACAUCCUGGUCCAGUACAACCACACGUACGUGUCCGACGUCAUGAACCUGAACAAGAAGAAGGAGAUCAUCACCCUGAACAAGCUCAAGUCGCACACCAACUACACCUUCUGCGUGGCUUCCAUACGCAACUCGCAGCGCUACAACCACACCUGCCUGAACUUUGCCACGCCCGUGCCGGAGGAGAUCCACCCGACGCCGUCCACCACCACCCACUACAUCGUGACCAUCGUGGGCUGCCUCUUCGGCAUGGUCAUCAUCCUCGGCGUGGUCUACUACUGCCUGCGCAAGCGUCGCAUGGAGGAGGAGAAGGAGAAGUCCAUCUGCGUCAAGAAGACCAUCCUGGAGAUGCGCUACGGGCCCGAGGCGGCGGCGGCGGUCGGCAACGAGCCGUCGGCGGUGCAGAAGCUCCACGAGCAGGCCCACCACCAGCACCACCACAGCAAGAUGCCCAUGUCGUCGUCGUCCAGCUCGGGCAUGUUGCACGGCGGCUCGGCCAACACCAGCUCCUCGCGACUCUCCACCAUCCCACAGGUGGAGAAGAUGGCCACGGCCUUCUCGGAGGCCAUGGGCAGCAAGGGCAACUACAUGGACGUGAGGGACGACCGAGGCCGAGACGGGAAGGGGCAGGGGGGGAUGAGGGAGCAGGACCUGCGACGGGAGCAGGACGACGGGAGCGACCUGGGGGACGACUCGGACGACGACGGCCGGGGCUCCACCUCGGAGAUCUCCACCAUCGCCAUGGAGGUGGACAAGGUCAACCAGAUCAUCAACAACUGCAUCGACGCGCUCAAGCUGGACUCAGUGGCGGCCGCCUCGUGCGCAAACACCAUGGCCCCGGUGAACCCCACCUCCCCUCCGCCCACAUGCACCUCCUCCCUGACCAAAGGGCUCAUCCCGCUCUCCCCGGGAGUGACCGAAAACUGCCAGAUGAUGCCGUCGCCCAAGAUCCCCGCGCCUCCCCCACUGCCCUUCCCGGGCUCCAUGGCCGAGCGGCCCGGGAUCACCGGCGGAGGCUUCAUGUCGCCCCCGUACCGCCCGCCUCCUCCGGCCAGCGCCGUGCGGCCCAUCCAGAGACAGAUGAGCGCCGACGCCGCCAUGAUCGUCGGCGCCGGGAAGAAGUACAGCGGCUCGUCCUGCGGGUUGCCCGGCAAGGGCGGCCGCGUCUACAGCCUGGACGUCCCCGAGCCCCGAAGCCCGGACCCCUGCCAGUACACAGACAAGGGCAGCCCCCUCGGCUGCGGGGAGCCCCUGGAGAGGCUCCCUCUGGUGGGGCCCGGGGGUGGUGGGGGCGGGGGUGGCGGCUACAGCAUGGACGGCGGCGGCGGGUACAACAUGGACGGUGGCGCCAUGGACGGGAUGGGCAUGCAGCAGCACCUGGAGGUGCACCCGGACUACCACUGCUCGGAGCACCGCCACUCGGUCCCGGCGCUCUACUACGAGGGCUCGCACCACGGCUCCCCCGCCCAGCGGGCGUCCUUCCUGAAGCCGCUGUCGCGCGCCAAGCGCGACGCCGCCUCCUACUCGCAGCUCUCGCCGCGCCACCAGAACUACUCGGGCUACUCGUCCAGCCCCGAGUACACCACGGAGAACACGCUGCGGAUAUGGGAGCGCUUCCGCCCGUACCGCAAGGGCCCGCGCGACGAGUCGUGCUACGUCACGGCCGGUAACGCCCUCCGCAAGAAGGUCCAGUUCGCCAAGGGGGAAGACCUCCACGACAUCCUCGACUACUGGAAGGGCGUCUCAGCACAGCAGAAGCUGUGAGCAGCCGCCCCACACUGCCUGCUGGUCUCCAUGGUGUUGGUCCAUGAUACUUUAGAAGUGCUCUGAUUGGCUGACGGCUCCAGAAUCCCUCUGCCCGGUGACAGUGAGAUCACAUGCACAAAGACAUUUAUGGACCUUGACUGUAUGUACUGUAAGAAGAAGAAAAUCCACCACAGAUGACAACAUACUCUGUGGAGGUCGGAGUGUCCUCCUUUUAAGGAAACAUAUACACAAUCAAAGAACUGGAUUAGGAGGUGUAUCAGAGAAAAUCACUCUCUGAACAACUGCGACAUGUAAUAUUAUCCAACAGGGGUACUGCUAUUGGAGGCUUACUGUGACAAACCCCACUAGCAAUCAUGGAAAUGCAACAGUAGAGAUUGAUCCAUGACUGCCAUUUACACAGACAAUGUUUCUUUUUGUCCUUUUUCUUUUUUUAAACGAUAACCUUAUCAGGCAUGGCGGGUGACGAAAGUGUCUUCCUUUUCUUAGCAACUGGAAGUUGAAGAACAAAACAGCUGUCUACACCUCUGUACAAAAAUGAUUGCCACUAUUAUGAAGACCCUGCUUUAAACUGAGAGUAUUAAAGGACAUAGGGCCUUUAUUGAAUCCUUAACAGAGUGGCAGGUUGGGGAUUUGAAUAUGUGUAGUUAUUUCCUUUUUAAAACGCUUCUCUCUCUUCUCUUCAUUUCUGGAGAAGCAGAUGACUGCAGCUCUGUGAAGUGCUCUCCUCUUCAAGGACACUGUGUUAUAACAUAAUGUUUUCUGAAUGUUGUUUACAUGCUCUUCAAUCAAUGUUUGUUUGUUUUUUUGCAAACAGAAUAGACAGAAAGCAGCAUUGGAAAGAUGAUGCCGUUUUUUUUUUGUUUUUUUUUGCUUCUCAACGGCUCAUCCAUUAGCAUGACUGUGAAAGGUCUAAUUAGUGAUCCAGGCCAAUUAUCUAUCUUCUCUUUUUCUCUUUUGUUGGCCAGCUCCAAUUUUAUACACGGACACAUCUUUGCGUUUCCGUCCAUGUCUAUUAUGGCCUAUUGAUGCUAAUCUUUGUAAUUUGUGGUCUUUUUAAGAAAUAUUUUUAUGUACUAGGAAAUGUGUACAGAGAGCCUCUAAAUGUUGCUGUAAGAUGACUAAGAUGAUCUCACUCCAGCCUAAUCUCAUUUCUAUAGUAAGCCUAUAAGAGGACAGUAAGUGGACCACCAUCAUCAUCAUUGUCAUCGCCUCAUUUGCCCUGUGGCUGCAUUAGAUAUUGCCAAACUAAAUGAACUGCAAUUUGACUGUGGUCGUCAUGCUCUACUUUGAGCGUAAAUAAGACUGUGACUACAGAGAGUAUUCAUCUGAUUACACCAAUCAGUCCAUCUCAAUCAUUAUAACAGAAGCAUGUCUCAAGGAGGAGACAAACUUUUGGGAGGAACACAGAUUAGUAUAAAUAGCUCGUGUCUGCUCUUGCAAAGGCUGUGGCGUGUUGAACAACGUCCAGGCCUGGCGUUGCGCGGAGAGUUAGGAGAGGCGGCAUUGGUACGGACCAGGGAAGGACAGAGCUGUGACAUUCAUCAUUGUCAGCGCGCGCUGCCAUUUUACAAAACGCUGAGAGGGGAUUACUUUCCCACCUCUGUCUGAAAUCUUUAUUUGCAGUUCUGAAUUAGGGGAGCUCCUCUAGCUGAGCCAGGCCUGAGCUGAAGGAGUUCAGGGAAAGGGCUGACAGAGGCACGUCGUCCUUCUAAUCAGCAUCGUAAUGUCACACAGUUUUUAGAAUUGUUCCUGGGAUCAAGUUUUUGAACAUAUGAAAUGAAAUGCACUUGGUGUUUCGCUGCCUUGUUCUUUCUUGUUUGUUUUCCUUUCAUAUUCGACUAUGAGGAUUAAAAAAAAAAAGUCACUGCAUGUUUUAAAAGCCAUGGGUAAGACCUGCACCCGAAAAAAAGUAUUGCUGUUUUGGAAGCUGAGCAUCAAUAUUUCAGGCUGCUGAUUUAAGCACUCUCCACAACCACGGCUACUAAGAGUGUCCUGCUGGAGAUCUCAGCGUGAGAAAUUGAUGUGGUUUCUGCCAUGAAAGCCCCGGACCGACGAUAACCACCACCGCCGCUUGGCCAGGCCAGGUUGAGAUUCAGGCCCAGCGUGUAAAACCCGUCUCUUCUCUUGUCUCAGCUCCACUUUGUACUUGCCCGAGCUCAAAGUGCUUUCAAAAAAAGGGACGAAAAGGGAGAAUCAAAGAAAGGAGAGCAAGUAGAUAAAUAAAUAAAUAAACAAAACAAGGGGGGAUAAUCAGGAGGAAAAACGGCACUGCGGGCACGAUAAUUGUGCCUUUUUCAUUGAGGCUUUUAAGCUCUUUUCUUGUGAACUCUCGUGUUUUCCUUCAGAUGUACUUGCGGCUUGUUUUCCUCUGUCUUCCGCAGCUGUCCUUCAGUGGGGCUCUCGCCAUUCAACAAUUCUGUCCGCUUGUUUGAAAACACGGAGAGGAGCUGAAGGCAGAUAGUCAGGGAGGAUGGGGGGGGGGGGGGGGAUAUGUUAGGAGGGAGAUGCACAAUAGAAGAGAGUCUUUGAGCAGAGAGGCCACAGUGAAAGAUCCAAACACGCAGCAGCGAGUCAAUGGAAGGGAAGGGAGCGACAGCACUCUGCCUGGAGCCUUUAAUAACCUAAUUGAAGCUUAAAUCGUUUUAGCUGCCAGUGAUGGAGAGGAGAGACAUUUAUGCCACAGAGUGGACAGACAACACGCACACACACACACACAUUCACAAAGAUGUAUGGGGUGUGGGUGGCUGAACGGUUAACAAGAUUUUGUGAGAGGCAGCAGGGUUUUGAAAAAAAAAUGUUAACAUUUUAGUCAAUGGACAUGGACAGGGGGCAGGUUAAAACAGUGAGACCAGGCAAGAGAGA